AUGCAUCCUUCGAAAGCACCGGGUCCAGAUGGUUUUUCACCUUUCUUUUUUCAGAAGUAUUGGGAUUUAGUUGGUCAUGAAGUUAGUAAUGCGGUGAUCUCGAUGUUAACUCUUUCUGAAAUUCCCUCUGAUUUGAAUUACACUUAUGUUGCUCUCAUUCCUAAGAUCAAAGAAGUGGUAAAUAUGUCCCAUCUCCGGCCAAUUGCUUUAUGCAACGUUAUUUACAAGAUAGCUUCCAAGGUUAUUGCAAAUAGGCUCAAGAGUUUUCUGCCUGACAUUAUUUCCCCUCAGCAGAGUGCUUUUGUCCCUAAUCGUCUUAUCACUGAUAAUACUUUAGUGGCGUCAGAACUAGCUCAUUACAUGCACAAAUUGAGGCGUGGUCAAGAAGGUUUUUUGGCCCUUAAGCUGGACAUCAGUAAAGCCUAUGAUAGAUUGGAAUGGGGCUUUUUGCAGCGUAUCAUGAUAAAAAUGGGGUUUGCUGAGCAGUGGGUGGCACUGAUUAUGUCGUGUUUAUCUACGGUACGCUUCUCUUUCCUUAUUAAUGGUACACCUAGAGGUUAUGUUACACCGCAGAGAGGAUUAAGGCAAGGCGAUCCAUUGUCUCCCUACCUAUUUCUAUUAUGUGCUGAAGGAUUGUCUGCUCUUAUUUCGCAUGUGGUUUCUAAUGGGCAAUGGCAGGGGUUGCGAGUUUGUGAUGGGGCUCCUUCUAUUAGCCACCUUUUGUUUGCAGAUGAUAGUAUGCUCUACUUUUAUGCUACAAUCCAAGAUUGUUUAAUGAUCCGGAAUGUGCUCAACAUUUAUGAAAAAGCUUCGGGACAACAAGUGAACUUACAAAAGAGCAAUGUGGUUUUCAGUGGAAGCGUUUUGCCGCACUUGCGGGUUAGUAUGGCUCAGGUUCUUAGGGUUCAGGUGGUGGACAAGCAUGACAAGUAUUUAGGGAUUCCGACUCUUGUUUGGCAGAAUCUCAUUCAGGAACUCCAUCAAUUGUGUGCCCAAUUUUGGUGGGGCAGCACUGAUGAGAAGAAGGCCAUGCAUUGGCGUGCUUGGGAUGAACUUUGCAAACCUAAAAGUUUGGGUGGUAUGGGGUUUAGGCACCUUUUUGCUUUCAAUUUAGCUAUGUUAGCAAAACAAGGAUGGCGGCUAAUUCAAAAUCCAAACUCUUUGAUUGGUCAACUUCUCAAAGCUCUUUAUUUUCCUCAGAGUAAUUUCUGGGAGGCUUCCCUUGGUUCCCAACCAUCUUAUGCAUGGAGAAGCAUCUUGCAAGGCAGAGACAUUCUUAGAACUGGUAUCAAAAGGCAUAUUGGGAAUGGUUUAUCUACCAAUAUAUGGCUGGACCCGUGGUUGUUGGAUGAGGAUUUGACUGCCUACUCCUUGGACAGAGUGACUCUUAUGGCUGAUCUCUUUGAAUCUCCAGGUGUGUGGAACUCUGUUUUAUUAACAGAAUUAUUUCCUAUUCAUAUUGUGCAGAAAAUUCUUGCUAUUCCUCUUAGUCCCCGGAACCAUGAAGAUAGGUGGAUUUGGGGUGGUGACAAGAAAGGUCAGUUUACGGUUAAAUCCGCCUACCAUGUAGCCCGGAAUCGGAUUCUCACUGAUCAUUCUACUACACCUAAUCCAAGUGCUUCUCUUUGGCGUCGGUUAUGGAACUCCCCAGUUCCAGGUAGCGUCAAGGUUUGUGCAUGGAAAGCAGCUUCUAAUGUUCUUCCUACUCGGAGUAGGCUUAGCGAACGUGGUAUUGAUUUGGAUACCCAAUGCCCACUCUGCGAUGAAGAAGUUGAGACUCCUAUCCAUGCAGUUCGUGAUUGUCCCCAUGCUAUAAGUUUGCUUCAGGGAGCCAACUUGCCAUUAGUUUCGAGUCCCACAACUGUUACAGAUUGGCUUUCGUUUGUCUCUUUGUCAACCCCUCAGUUUUUUGCUUCUACACUUAUGAUUCUCUGGGCAACUUGGCGGAACAGGAAUGCCAAGGUUUAG